AUGUCAGUGGUGACAACUCCACCGCGUGUGGCUUACAUCGUUUCAGACGAGCUCAUCAAGUACGCAGACCUACUACCCUCUAAUCAGGGACGCUCGUCUUUGGUACAUUCGCUAGCACACCAUCUUGAUCUGCUCGACCUCGACCGACUGGACGACCAUGACAAGGGUAUCGGCACUUCUUCUGCUGCCUCACAUAAGGCUAAGCUGCUCCAGGCUAUUGGCGCUGAUGGUUCCAGCGCUUCUUCUGGAGACUUGGCAAGAAGGCGCGCUGUAGCCUACCGGCCCACCGCUGCUUCCCAUCAGCAGCUGACGAGCUACCACGAAGACUCAUUUGUCAGGCAGCUGGCAAAAGGGGCGAAAGCCGGCAACAAUGAGCAGAUUCCCUCCCCUGACGCUGCUUUCAAGCGUCGCAGACUCAACGGCGCUUCAUCCGACAGCAACUCGGCGGCUUCCGACACAACUUCCCACGCAUCAGGCAAUUCCGACGAAGAGCUCCACUUUAAACCCUCCUCCUCCUCUGUCUCUGGCCGAUCUCGUAAGCGUGGAUGCAAGCAAUCCCGCCCAGCCAAAAAUCAAUUCGGACUCCAGGACGACUGUCCUGCCUUUGAUGGCUUGCAACAGUACGUCCCGCUCGUCGCAGGAGCGGCCGUUACAGCCGCAAAUUUACUCGCUACAGGCUGUGCCGACAUCGCCAUUGCUUGGGAUGGCGGCAGACACCACGCCAAAAAGGGCGCUUCGAGUGGUUUCUGCUAUAUCGCCGACGUUGUGCUUGCCAUCUUGUCACUGCGCAAGCCGCGAAAGGUGACCGUGACUACCAAUGUCCCCCGCGUUCGGUCAGAAAACCAGGAAGAGGAACAAGAGACCGUCCGCAAGACGACGAUCAAGCGCGUUGACCGCGUCAUGUACCUCGAUCUCGACCUCCACUGGGGCGAUGGCGUCGAAGAAGCCUUCCACUCUACUCCAAACGUCCUCACGCUGAGUAUCCAUCAUUAUGCACCUGGAUUCUUCCCGUGCUACGCGGCCUCUUCGGACCCGGAACGCUUCAGCCCGCCUGGAUCGCUCAACAGCGACGCUGGAACGGGAGGCAAGACGCUCAAUAUCCCGCUUGGUAUGGGCACCUCAGAUGCGAGUCUAGAGAGGGUGAUGGAGAGCACGGUGCAGCCCCUGGUGGAUGCAUGGGAUCCUGAGAUGGUGGUGGUGCAGUGCGGUGUGGAUGGUCUAGCAGGUGAUCCGAUGGCCGUGUGGAAUCUGUCGGCUGCUGCCUAUGUUAAAGCGAUACAGAGGGUGCUUAGUUGGAAGAAGCCGACGCUGUUGUUGGGCGGGGGCGGAUACUGCAGUGAAAACGCUGCUCGUUGCUGGAGUCUACUCACCGCCGUGUGCUUGGGCAGGUUCAAGGAGCGAGACCACUCCAAAAGAAACUCGAGCGCUGGUAGACCUUUGCAGGGCGAGCCUCUUCCUUUGACAGAGCAGAAAGAAACGAUUCCAAGCGACCAAAAGGACAUCUUGCAGAAUUCAGCAUCGCCAUCGCUCGCCACGAUCUCCUACGACACGGCGAUUCCAGACCACAAAUUCUGGCCCAACUAUGCGCCGACAUACUCUCUCGAUGUACCGGCGGGCGAGAUGAUCGAUCAGAAUGACGAAGCCCAUUUCGAAGCUAUCUCAAAGACGUUCACAGAGCACAUCCAAAAGGCUGAUUCUGGUUCUCGCUAG